UUAGUGGCUGCUAGUAGGCCUUCGGCUGCUUGUACUCAGGUUGGAUUAGGUAGAAUAUAAAGUGAAGUAGCUACUCCAAAAAUCCUUCAAGGAUACAGCCUACAUUUGGAAAUCGGAUAACGAAAAUUCUGGAUAAUCAUUUAGAGCUAAAUCAAAGCCAAACGUCCACCUUCCCAAUAAAAAACUCUGGACACUUGAGGCAGCAGUGAUGCCUUCAACGGACUCAAGUCAGCAGAUACCAGCGUCAUCUCAAACUCCGAUGGAUGUAGAUCCAGAGAUUGACAUCAAGGGUGCGGAAGUGAAGAAAGCUGAGGGAAAUGAGUUUUACAAGAAAAAAAAUUAUCGAGAAGCCGUUAGACUUUACUCCGAGGCCAUCGAUCUAAAUCCAAAAAAUGCUGCCUUCUACGGGAACAGAUCAGCAGCCUAUAUGAUGGAUUCCAAUUAUAAAAGAGCUCUUGAAGAUGCCCAGACCAGUGUCAGACUUGACCCACACUUUGCUAAGGGUUAUCUUCGUGAAGGCAAAUGUCAUAUUGCACUUGGCAAUUCCAAAGCAGCUCUUCUCUCGUUACAAAAAGCCAAAGAUCUCGAUCCAAGUGCCGGAGCUAUAAUGCAAGAGGUUCAGUAUGCCAGAAUUUUAACUGAAUAUGAAAGAAAAGCCGAUGAAUGCUGGAAUAAAAGGGAUUUCAGACAGGUUGUAUUUUGUAUGGACCGAGCAUCACACGUUGCAGUUGCCUGUAUGCCCUAUAAAAUGAAGAAAGCUGAAUGCCUGGCCUUGCUUGGAAGAUACGAUGAAGCCCAGAGCAUUGCUAUGGACGCACUCCAGAUAGAUGUCAACAACGCAGACGCAGUUUACGUUCGUGCUCUUUGCUUAUAUUACGACGACAACAUUGACAAAGCUGUGAAGUUUUUCAUUCAAGCUUUGAAGCUCUCACCUGACUUGGAGAAAGCAAGAUUAACAUUGAAGAAAGCCAAAGCUUUGGCGGCAAAGAAAGAAGAAGGCAAUGAAGCGUAUAAAAAUGGAAGAUUUAACGAAGCGUUGGAAUUUUAUGGGGAGGCGUUACUCAUCGAUGACAAUAAUAUCAAAACCAACGCCAAGUUGAGAUACAAUCGAGCUUUGGUAGCUUCAAAGCUUGGCAAGAACACUCAAGCCAUAGCAGACUGCAAUGUGGCCAUAGAAUUGGAUGAAAGAUAUGUGAAAGCUUAUUUGAAGAGAGCACAGCUGUGCACUGCUGAGGAACAAUUUGAAGAAGCCUUGAGAGAUUACAAGAAAGUGUUUCAAAUGGAAAAGACCAGAGAACACAAACGUCAUGUUGAUGAAGCUGAGAAAAGAUUGAAAAUGAGUCAAAGGAAAGAUUAUUACAAGAUACUGGGAGUCGGGAAAGACGCAUCAGAGCCAGAACUGAAGAAAGCAUACAAGAAGCGGGCUUUACUGCAUCAUCCCGAUCGUCACUCACAUGAUUCUGAGGAAGUUCAGAAGGAAGAAGAGAGGAAAUUCAAAGAGUGCGGGGAGGCAUUCGCUGUUCUGAGUGAUCCCAAGAAAAAGGAUCGUUAUGACAGAGGCGAAGAUAUUGACGGGCCAUCAAUGGGAGAUUUUGAUGCCUCAAACAUUUUUCAGAUGUUUUUCGGGGGAGGGGGACCCGGGGGUGGAUUCCAUUUUCCAGGUGGUGGAGGAGGUGGACCAGGAGAAUUCCAUUUCCAAUUCGGCUGAAAAAGCAAUGUCCAGAAUCGCAUUUUAUACAUUUCCUCAUUUUGUAAAACCUAUUUCUAUUUUUGCUGCAUGACGCUUCCAAAUUUGUUUUUGUGUGAGAUUUACUGUAAUGUCAUUUACUUCUCCUCUUGAAAUUAAACCAAUUAUGGGAUUCAAAAUCUGUUAUUUAUUCUGUUCCUAAUAAACACUCACAUAGUCAAAAAGUCAGAGUCAGACUUCCAAUUCUUAUACUUUUCAACAAUUUUCCUGAAGAAUUUGGAAAAUAGUUUGGAAAUUGAGCUUUAUAAGAAACUGCAGCACUACAUGAGCUGCAUUAACAUGACUUGCUUUACUUGAAUCUAAUGAACAAUUUUCCAAGUGUCAAAUAUAGCUCUAGUCAUCAGCUGUUUUGCAUGUUGCUAAGGUCGUCUAAUGUCUGAAAUAAUAAACUGAAUUUCCAUUUCUGGAUUUGUUGGAACUUAAAAAAACCUUUUGAGCAAAAUUUUGUAUAUAUUCUUCUUUUUUCUGCUAUAUUUUUUAACAAAUUUCUCAUACCAUCGUAGUUUUUUCCCAUUUGAGUUGGGACUUAAUUACUCAGCAAUGUUAUAUCUUUUACCCAAUUUUUCAAGCCGCUUAGUUUUUUUUUUCAAAUACACUUUUGCGAGCCUGCAGAGAGACCCAUUUUUGGAUUUGUU